AAUGGCCAUGCACCCUCUCUCCCAGGGGGCACAGGCGUGGCCGUGGGGGAUGGCCAUGUACACGAACCUGCACUACCACCACCAGUACGAGAGGGAACAGCUGUUCGAGAAGCCCCUCACGCCCAGCGACGUGGGCAAGCUGAAUCGGCUGGUGAUCCCCAAGCAGCACGCCGAGAGGUACUUUCCUCUUGGCGGAGGCGGCGGCGACUCCAGCGAGAAGGGCCUGCUGCUGUCUUUCGAGGACGAAGCCGGCAAGCCAUGGCGGUUCCGGUACUCGUACUGGACCAGCAGCCAGAGCUACGUGCUCACCAAGGGCUGGAGCCGGUACGUCAAGGAGAAGCACCUCGACGCCGGCGAUGUCGUGUGCUUCGAGCGGGUACGCGGCGGCCUCGGCGCGGGGGACCGCCUGUUCAUCGGCUGCAGGCGCCGCGGCGAGAGCGCACCGGCACCGCCGACAUCGCCACCGCCCGUGCGCGCCCCGACGCCCGCGCUGAACGUCAGCGAGCAGCAGCCGUGGAGUCCGAUGUGCUACAGCACGUCGGGGUCAUCGUACCCGACCAGCCCCGCCAGCUCCUACGCCUACCACAGCGACAUGCCACGUGCAGGAGAGGCGGACGCCAAGAGCAGCGGCACGCCGUCAGCGCCGUCGAGGAAGCUCCGGCUGUUCGGCGUCAACCUCGACUGCGGCCCGGAGCCGGAGCCGGAGACGCCGACGGCAAUGUACGGCUACAUGCACCAGAGCCCCUACGCGGCGGUGUCCACAGUGCCAAAUUAUUGGGGCAGUUCAUAGGAGAGGAGAUCUGAGGCCAUGCUUGCGGAAUCCUAACCAUCAACAAUGAAGGAACUAGUUACUACUGCUCUGUAGUCUGUCUGUACUGAGUGACAGGUUUGAAUUGACCCGUGGAAGCAAAAGGAAGGGGGUGAAAGAGAUCCCUUGUUUCCCGGGCAAUCUUCCUUCCAUCACCACAGCCCAGAGAGCCCCUUUUUCUGCCUUCUUUUUUCCAUCUUGUCUUCCAGAAACCCUACUUGCGGUACCGGCCGGGGCCUUUGCAGCAGCAGGUAGGAGGUUUCAGGAAACAUCAGGUUGAUAAGGAGAGGUAGAGACAGAGGGGGAGCGAGGGAUGGUGAUACACAUGAAGAAAAAAAAGACAAUAGGACAUGCUUGCAUGUAUGUAUGUGUCAACUGUAGUAUGUGGGUUGGUCCACGAACAAACUGUGAUGGGUGAAGUUGAUGUAUAUGUAUCUUCUUCUCCCUCCCCUGCCUCCUCAAGGAACAAAGAUGUCCCCAUAGGGAUUCUGUUCUCUCGCUUCUAUUAUACUAGUGUUCUAGACCU